GGGGCGGUGGCUGUCCGGUCUGUAGCUGCUUUCAGAGUCCAGUAGGAGUCAAAGUGGUGUGGCGCAUGCCGGUUUCCUGCACUGCGCAACAAGUGGGAACGCUGCCGCAGUGAUCCGAGUGAGGGUGGUGUGUUGUGGCAAAGCUGGCUGAUUUCUCUUCGACCCACUGGAAGCCGGGACUGCUUCUCCCAAUCUUUCCUGCUUCCCAGUCCAAGAUCAGUGACCCCACCAAAAGACCAAACUCAUCCCCUCAACCCCCCCUCCCAGAUUUUCUCGGAGCGCCGUCAGCCUGGGCGGGACCCUGCCCUGGCCUCAAGAGACACCUUUCUUUAUGAGCAUCAGGAGUUUAUUCUGGACUUUCUUUGCUAGCCGACCAGUGUUUGACAGAACGCUCUGCUAAAUGCCUUCGAGUGUCGAGUGACAUUCUGCUUUUUGAAUGGAAGUGCACUCUUUCCCUUUUCAAUACGUUCAGCCUUUCCAGCUGGAAAAAUCAACGUGUAUUUCACGAACUCAGUUCCAGAUAAUGUGCUGUGGUUGCUAGAGGUGUGAGCAUCGCGAAGAACAGAAUCACAUCUAGUAAAUUAAAUGUUUUCCAGCUUUGCCUAUGAAGGCAACCCCUCCCCCUAACAGACAGAAAAAACGGGGGGCGGGGUUGGGUGGAGAUAGUUGGGGAUAGUCGGGUGAGGUAGGUUGCGGCGGCGCGGUGAUUUUCGGAUGGACUGAGUCUGCCACCUAGUGAUAGGUCUUGGCUGAGAUCCCCGCUUUGGGCGGUGAGUUGACCGCUUCAUCUCUGGUCUCCAGGUAUCCUGACCAGGUGCUAGGGCUGACAAGGGAGGACACCCUCCAAUGAGGAUGGCAUCUGACCUUCAAAGUUUCAGUUGUAAGCAAAAUUUUGGACUGUGAAUCGAGGCAUUGGGUGAAGACAAAAUGGCCUCACCAGCUGACAGCUGUAUCCAGUUCACCCGCCAUGCCAGUGAUGUUCUUCUCAACCUUAAUCGCCUCCGAAGCCGCGAUAUCUUGACUGAUGUUGUCAUAGUGGUGAGCCGUGAGCAGUUUAGAGCCCAUAAGACAGUCCUCAUGGCCUGCAGUGGCUUGUUCUACAGCAUCUUCACAGACCAAUUGAAAUGCAACCUUAGUGUGAUUAAUCUCGAUCCCGAGAUCAACCCUGAGGGGUUCUGCAUCCUCCUGGACUUCAUGUACACAUCUCGGCUCAAUCUACGGGAGGGCAACAUUAUGGCCGUGAUGGCCACAGCUAUGUACCUGCAGAUGGAGCAUGUCGUGGACACUUGCCGGAAGUUUAUCAAGGCCAGUGAAGCAGAAAUGGUCCCUGCCAUCAAGCCUCCCCGUGAAGAGUUCCUGAACAGCCGGAUGCUGAUGCCCCAAGACAUCAUGGCCUAUCGGGGUCGUGAGGUGGUGGAAAACAACCUGCCGUUGAGGAACGCCCCCGGGUGUGAGAGCAGAGCCUUUGCUCCCAGCCUAUACAGUGGCCUGUCCACACCGCCAGCCUCUUACCCUGUGUACAGCCACCUCCCUGUCAGCAGCUUCCUCUUCUCCGAUGAGGAACUGCGGGAUGCCCGGAUGCCUGUGGCCAACCCCUUCCCCAAGGAGCGGGCCCUCCCCUGCGAUAGUGCCAGGCCAGUCCCAGGGGAGUACAGCCGGCUGGCCAUGGAGACAUCCCCCAGUGUGUGCCACAGCAACAUCUACUCACCCAAGGAGGCAGCCCCAGAGGAAGCACGGAGUGACAUGCACUACAGUGUGGCCGAGGGCCCCAAGCCGGCAGCGCCCUCGGCCCGAAACGCCCCAUAUUUCCCCUGUGACAAGGCUGGCAAGGAGGAAGAGAGACCUUCCUCAGAGGAUGAGAUUGCCCUGCACUUCGAGCCCCCCAAUGCCCCCCUAAACCGGAAGGGUCUGGUUAGUCCACAGAGCCCCCAGAAGUCUGACUGCCAGCCCAACUCGCCCACGGAGUCCUGUAGCAGCAAGAAUGCCUGCAUCCUUCAGACCUCUGGCUCCCCUCCAGCCAAGAGCCCCACUGACCCCAAAGCCUGCAACUGGAAGAAAUACAAGUUUAUUGUGCUCAACAGCCUCAACCAGAAUGCCAAACCAGAGGGCCACGAGCAGGCCGAACUGGGCCGCCUUUCCCCUCGAGCCUACACUGCCCCGCCGGCCUGCCAGCCGCCCAUGGAGCCUGAGAACCUUGACCUCCAGUCCCCAACUAAGCUCAGUGCCAGCGGGGAAGACUCCACCAUCCCACAAGCCAGCCGGCUCAAUAACAUUGUCAACAGGUCCCUGACAGGCUCCCCCCGGAGCAGCAGCAGCGAGAGCCACUCGCCGCUCUACCUGCAUCCCCCCAAGUGCACGUCCUGCGGCUCUCAGUCCCCACAGCACUCAGAGAUGUGCCUCCAUACUGCUGGCCCCACGUUCCCUGAGGAGAUGGGAGAGACCCAGUCUGAGUACUCAGAUUCCAGCUGUGAGAAUGGGGCGUUCUUCUGCAAUGAGUGUGACUGCCGCUUCUCUGAGGAGGCCUCCCUCAAGAGGCACACGCUGCAGACCCACAGUGACAAACCCUACAAGUGUGACCGCUGCCAGGCCUCCUUCCGCUACAAGGGCAACCUCGCCAGCCACAAGACCGUCCAUACGGGUGAGAAACCCUAUCGUUGUAACAUCUGUGGGGCCCAGUUCAACCGGCCGGCGAACCUGAAAACCCACACUCGAAUUCACUCUGGAGAGAAGCCCUACAAAUGCGAAACCUGCGGAGCCAGAUUUGUACAGGUGGCCCACCUCCGUGCCCAUGUGCUCAUCCACACUGGCGAGAAGCCCUAUCCGUGUGAAAUCUGUGGCACCCGUUUCCGGCACCUUCAGACUCUAAAGAGCCACCUGCGAAUCCACACGGGAGAGAAACCCUACCAUUGUGAGAAGUGUAACCUGCAUUUCCGCCACAAAAGCCAGCUGCGUCUUCACUUGCGCCAGAAGCACGGAGCAAUCACCAACACCAAGGUGCAAUACCGCGUGUCUGCCACUGACCUGCCCCCGGAGCUCCCCAAAGCCUGCUGAAGCAUGGAGUGUUGAUGCUGUCCAUCCGAGCCCCUUCUCAAAACCUACCCAAAGGAUACUGUAACACUUUACAAUGUUCAUCCCAUGAUGUAGUGCCUCUUUCAUCCACUAGUGCAAAUCAUAGCUGGGGGCGGGGUGGGGGGAGGGGCGUGGGGACCGGGAGCCUCGGCAGCUCCCCUUCCCCCACUGCCAUCAAACAUUAAGAAAAUAAUAUUGCUUCUCCUAUGUGUAAGGCGAACCAUGUCAGCAAAAAGCAGAGUCAUUUUGUAUAUCAAAGUUGGGGGAGUAUGCAAAAGUUCUGACUUGACUCAGUCUGCAAAAUGAGGAAUGUGUAUGUUUUGUGGGAACAGAUGUUUCUUUUGUAUGUAAAUGUGCUUUCUUUUAAAAGAGACAUAGGUAUGCUAUCAAACAGAGGGCUUUAAUUUUUUUAACCAAAGGUGAAGGAAUAUAUGGCAGAGUUGUAAAUAUAUAAAUAUAUAUAUAUAAAAUAAAUAUAUAUAAACCUAAAAAAGAUAUAUUAAAAAUAUAAAAUUGUGUUAAAGGCUCGAUUUUGUAUCUGCAGGCAGACACGGAUCUGAGAAUCUUUAUUGAGAAAGAGCACUUAAGAGAAUAUUUUAAGUAUUGCAUCUGUAUAAGUAAGAAAAUAUUUUGUCUAAAAUGCCUCCGUGUAUUUGUAUUUUUUUGCAAGUGAAGGUUUACAAUUUACAGUAAAGUGUGUAUUUAAAAAAAGAACAAAAAAAGCUGCAGAAGGAAAAAUGUGUAGUUUUGUUCUAGUUUCCAGUUUGUAUAUACCUAUACAAUGUGUCCUACGGUGCCUUUUUCAUGGAAGUUUUCAACGAUGGACAAGCGCGCCAUCCCUUUCUGAAGUGUAGGCAGACACAGGGACUUGAAGUUGUCACUAACUAAGCUCUCUUUCGGAAUGUUUGUCUCAUCCAUCACAUUCUGCGUCAUGCUUGUGUUAUAACUACUCCGGAGACAGGGUUUGGCUGUGUCUAAACUGCAUUAAUGUGUUGUAAAAUAUAGCUGUACAAAUACAAGAAUAAAAUAUUGAAAA